GCGUGAUGUUGAAAUGUUUUAAAAUUAUUGAAAUAUGAUGCGAUCUAGGAAAUGGUUACCAAAGUUCCUUCCUUCCAAAGGAGAAGGGAGUGAAAAUUUUGAAAAAAAUAUGUCUCCCCGGUUUAUUUUCGAUGGGACAAACAUUAGGUACAAUAUUACUUGAAACGAGUUGAAUUAUGGGUUUUUGUCACUUCGGUCGAGGUGGAUAACAUGGGGAAACUUUUUGGAUUUGAAAUUUUUUUGAGACACUCAAUGAUGAAAUUCUACAAUUUUCAGCUAGGAAUACCAGUCCUUUGUUGAUAAGACUCCGACUCUUAGGCCUAUGUGUUUUAGUAACAGGAAAGGGGAAAAGAGACAUGUUUAAAAUUUAUGAAAAUGGAUUUUCGGCACAACUAUCAAGUAUGAACUUUCAAAGGCAUAGUAAAUUUUUCAUUUUUGAAGACUUCAAAGUGAAUUGAAAAUGUGUUGCCCAUAAAAAUGGCAAUAACGCGAUGGCAAAUUGAUGAAAUAAAGAAUCGUUUUUCCUUGAAAUCGACGAGUAUUGCGUAUUUGGUACGAUAUAUAAAAACCUACAGCUUUUUGGUUGUUUUUCACAAAGUUAUGGCAAACUUUCGUUCAUCGUAUAUGCAAACAGUUGGAAAAAAUUAACGAACUAUGACAACCUCUUCGAUGUUACGUACAACUUUGGCUAUCGUAAUUGGUGCUAACCUCAUCGUUUGCAUAAAAACCGACACCAACUCCUUAGUGAACUCCAAGCAGACCGAAACAAACGUCGAACCUUUAUCGUCAAAAUACUUCUCAUCAAAUUUACGCGAUCUUCUAUCACCCGAUGUAUUCACCCAAGCUGAUCCCUUUCAUUACCUUCUGGGAAAAGCGAUGAAAUAUUCAUUCGAAAAUACAUUAAGUGGAUAUGCAUUGAUGUCGGAAGUAGAACGAGCUUUGUCAUCAAAUGGGAAUAAUCGAAUCCCUCGAGAUAACUUACCGUACGCCAAUCUUCUAUCGUCGCUUUUGACUUUCAUCGUUUACCUCGGGAAUGUGCACAAGAUAAUGGUCGACAUCCAGAAAAGACUGGAAACCAGUCCAGGCACUUUUCAGCUACCGAAUGUCAACUCGCUCGAUCCUGAAAUAUCGCAGUUUUUUACACCGGAUGUUUUAUCAGACACUAAUGCUCCUAUGGCGCUAGUUGAUAAAUUGCUACAACUGUCAGGAUAUAGCUUCUCGAGAGUAGCGAAAAAGUUGAUCUAUGCUAAAAAUAACAAUCGAGAAAUCAGCAGUAAUUAUUACGAUUAUACUAUUCAGCUAAGUAAUUUUCUUACUGGUUAUGUCAGCAAGACUGCUCUGAUAAAUUUACAGAGUUACGUUGUCCCUCGAAGUGCAAAUGGUCAAGUUGGUACUCCUGCAGUUGGUCUGGGUAAAUUGAAGUAGGGUUGUGGUGUGAAUUUUCUUUUAAAAUUUGUAUGUACAAAUAGAUGAAUUAAUUUGCAUCUGGGUUCUGACAAGAGAAUUAUAGGUAUUAUGUUUAAAAAAUGUUUGUUUUUUUUUUCUUAAAAAUGUACAAAGUGCAUUUAUACUUGGCCCAACUGAAAAACCAACUCCAUAUUCGUUUUUAGCACCUCAAAAAACAUGUCAAUCAAUUUUUGUUCAAAUCGGA